AUGGAAGAAGCUCCUGCACCUAAACCUCAAAAGAACAUCAAAUACGACGAAAACAAGACAAUUGAAGAAAUUUAUCAAAAGAAGACUCAACUUGAACAUAUUUUGCUUCGUCCCGAUACUUAUAUUGGUACUACUGAGGCUGAAGAACAAGAAAUGUGGGUAUUUGAUACUGAAGAAGAUAUGAUCAAGAGAAAGAAGAUCAAAUAUGUUCCUGGUCUUUAUAAAAUUGUGGAUGAAAUUCUUGUUAAUGCAGCUGACAACAAGAUUCGUGACCCUGAAAUGAACACUCUUAAAGUUGUUAUUGAUCGUGAACAAAACUUGAUUUCGAUCCAUAACAAUGGCCGUGGUAUUCCAAUUACCGAGCACAAGGAUGAAAAGGUCUAUGUGCCUGAAUUGAUUUUUGGUCAUCUUUUGACAUCCUCUAACUAUGAUGAUAAUCAAAAGAAAGUAACUGGUGGACGUAACGGUUAUGGUGCCAAACUCUGUAACAUCUUUAGUACUGAGUUCAUUGUCGAGACUGCCGAUAAAGAGCGUGAAAGUAAAUACAAGCAAAUCUUUAAGAACAACAUGUCUGUGAUUGGGAAGCCUAAAAUUACUGCUAAUUCUAAAAAAGAAGAAUAUACACGUAUCACUUUCAAGCCUGACCUUUCUAAAUUCAACAUGACAGAAAUGGACGCUGAUUUUGAAGCAUUGAUCAAGAAGCGUGUUUAUGACUUAGCAGGUUGUUUAGAAGGUGUCAAUGUGUUCCUGAAUGGUACCAAGAUUCCUGUCAAAGGAUUCAACAAGUAUUGUGAUUUGUAUACCAAAUCAAUGGAAAUUCGUAAUGCUGAAGGCAAGAAACCUAUUAUCUCUGAUACAAAUGACAACCCUCGUUGGCAAGUUAACUUUGCUGUCAGUGAUGGCCAGUUUAACCAGAUCAGUUUUGUCAACAGUAUCUGUACAGCAAAGGGUGGUACUCAUGUUAACUAUGUUGCAGAUCAAAUUGUGAAGGCCAUUAUGCCUGAGGUUCAGAAAAAGGCCUCCAACAAGAACAUCAAGCCCUUCCAGAUCAAGAACCAUAUGUGCCUCUUCGUCAACUGUUUAAUUGAAAACCCAUCUUUUGAUUCGCAAACCAAGGAGAACAUGACUUUGCGCGUCAGCCACUUUGGCUCUACUUACAAACUGGGUGACAAAUUCCUUAAAGAAAUCCUUAAGUCUGGCAUUAUUGAUAACAUUGUCAAAUGGGUCAAGUUCAAAGAAGAUAUGCAAAUGACCAAGGCAGACACAGGUAAAAUGGUUCGUAAUCUCAAGAUUCCUAAACUUGAAGAUGCCAAUUUGGCUGGUAUUAAGCCUCAUAACAAGAGUUGUACCUUGAUUUUGACUGAAGGUGAUUCAGCCAAAGCACUUGUCCUUAGUGGUCUCUCUGUCGUAGGUCGUGAUAAGUUUGGUGUGUUCCCUCUCCGUGGUAAGGUAUUGAACGUGCGUGAUGCUACCAAUACCCAAAUCAUGAACAACGCAGAAAUUACCAAUAUCAAGGCCAUUCUUGGUUUAAAGCACGGCAAGACUUAUACUAGUGUGGAUGAACUACGUUAUGGUCGACUAAUGUUGAUGACUGAUCAAGAUCAUGAUGGUUCUCAUAUCAAGGGUCUUUUGAUCAACUUUAUUGAUAGUAUGUUUCCCUCUCUGUUGGAUAUUCCUGGUUUCUUGUUGGAAUUCAUUACACCCAUUAUCCGUUGUAAGCACAAGCGCACUAAACAAGAAAUCAGUUUCUACACUAUCCCUGAAUACGAAACUUGGGCCGAACAAAACAAUCGCAACAAAGAAUGGGAACCUAAAUACUUUAAGGGUUUAGGUACUUCUGAUAAAGCAGAUGCUCGUAGAUAUUUUAGCUCUCUUGAUGUCCACAGAAAGGAAUUCGAAGUUGUUUCUAAAGAAGAACGUGAGCUUGUCGACAUGGCUUUUAAUAAGAAGAGAGCUAUUGAUCGUAAGAACUGGCUUGCUGGCUAUGAACCAGGUAUCUUUAUUGACCAUAACGUGAAUAAGAUCAAGAUCAGUGAUUUCGUAAACCGUGAGUUGAUGUUGUUUAGUAUGGCUGAUAACAUUCGUUCUAUCCCCUCUGUCGUGGAUGGUUUUAAGCCUGGUCAACGUAAAGUAUUCUAUGGUUCUGUCAAGCGAGGAAAGAACUCUGAAAUCAAGGUAGCUCAAUUGGCUAAUUAUGUUGCUGGUGUGACUCAAUACCACCAUGGUGAAGCUAGUAUUUCUUCUAUUGUGAUCAACAUGGCUCAAGACUUUGUUGGUAGUAAUAACAUCAACUUGCUAGUUCCUUCAGGUCAAUUCGGUACUCGUCAUGAAGGUGGUAAAUCGGCUGCUAGUCCUCGUUACCUUUUCACUCGUUUGACCAAGAUCGCUCGUAAAAUUUAUCAUCCAGAUGAUGAUGAGCUUUUAGACUAUUUGAUUGAAGAAAGUAAGCCUAUUGAACCCAAAUGGUAUCUUCCUAUUCUUCCUAUGGUUCUUGUCAAUGGUGCUGAUGGUAUUGGUACUGGUUGGAGUACUAACAUUCCCAACUACAAUCCUAAAGACAUUGCUGAAAACCUUUUGCGCUUGAUGAAAGAUGAAGAAAUUGUGCCCAUGAAGCCUUGGUUCAGAGGAUUCAAGGGUGAGAUUAUCUCAGCUGGUCCGGGCAAAUUCACUUGUAAUGGUAUUGCAGAAGUGACUAGUGAAGGACAUAUCAAGGUUUCUGAAUUGCCUGUUCGUCUAUGGACUGAAUCUUUCAAGGAUAAUUUGGAUGUGAUGCGUGAUCCCAAGGACAAGAAGCCAGAUAUCAAUAUUCUUGAUUACACCAACAACUCUACUGAUAUGUCUGUUGAAUUCACUAUUGAAGUCGAUGAAAACAACUUGAAGAAGGCUGAAGAUAUGAGUUUACUGAAGGCUUUCAAGAUUACCAACUCUGUGAAUACAACCAACAUUGUAUGCUUCGAUCAAUACGGCAAAAUCAAAAAAUAUGAAUCAGCUGAAGAUAUUUUGAAGGAAUUUUAUGCUCUACGUUUAGAAUACUACAUAAAGAGAAAGGAAUACUUGAUCAGUGUUCUUCAAGAUGAGUAUGAACGUCUUGACAAUAAGGCUAAAUUCAUUCAACUCGUUAUCGACAAGAAGCUUCAAUAUGUGAAUCGAAAGGAAGAAGAUGUUAUUAGCGAUAUGGAAAAGCAUGGUUUGAAGAAGAUUUAUCCUCGCAAGAAGAAUGUGUUGAUUGUGGAUGAUGAAGCUCCUCAGGAAGAAGCAGAAGGAACUGGAUAUGAAUACCUCUUUAGUAUCAAUGUUCGUGGUUUUACAGCUCAAAAGGUUGCUGAGUUACUGUCUCAAAAGGAGAAGAAGUAUGAGCAACUUCAAGAUGUUCAAGGCACACCUCCCAAGACAUUCUGGCGUCGUGACCUUGAGGCUCUUUUGGAAGAGUGGGAAAAUCUCUUAAAGGAAGACGAGGAACUUGCUCUGUCAGCUAAACCUCUUGCUUCAAGUAAUAAGAAGAGAAAGAGAGUUAGCAAGCCCAAAGUCAAAGCUGAAGCUCGAUCUGAAGAAAAAGUAGACCUUUAA